AUGGAGGACGCAGGGGUGUGGAGGGGCACACAAAUAGUGAGCAUAGGUACUGUGCAGCGCACGCACGCACGGAGUUUUACAAAAAUUUCACUCUUCUCCAAUCAAGCACUUGUCGCCGCGCGAAUGGCGUCGCAGAGACCAACCGUGUGGGGUGGCAAUGGCGGCAGCGGCAGCGGCAGCAGCAACGGUGAUCCGUACCGUCGCCUCGUUAAUGAGGCGGGAGAUGAUGUAUCCGCAACGCCAGCAGGCCCUUACAGCAAUGGCAUGGGCUACAGUCGGGAGACAGAGCAGCGUGUUGCGAGGAUUGUGGCGGAGUAUGAGUAUAAACUACUGGAGGAGCGUGGCCGGGCGCAGGAGCGAGAGACACGACUGCUGGAAGAAUUAAGGCGGGAGAAGGCGCAGGUGGAGCGUCUAACGAAUGAACACUCACGGCAGGAGGAAGGGCUGAAGGAAAGUCCAGGGGGACGUCUGGUUUCAAUGGAGGAGUACGAGCGGCUUCAGCAACAGCUGAAAGAAACACGCCUUUUGCUGCAGGAGGCGGAGCGCCGCUAUCAGCAGGAAAAACGAGAGCUUUUAAACCUGAGAACAUCGCAGCUGCGCAGCGAGACUUCAAAACGUGGUCAGGAAGGUGAUAUCAUUGCCCGCGCCAUGCAAGUCAUGUCGGAGUACGAGGCCGUGGUGCGUAGUAGCGAGGAAAACAGUAUUGCGCGCCUCUCGCAACACAUGGAAAUGUUUGAAAAGGAAUGGAUCCGUCGUUCACGGGAAUUUGAGGAAAAAAAGGCAGCAUUUGAAGUGGACAUGAUGGAAAAAACGCGACAGGUGCUAGCGGAGCACGAACAUGACGUGGAGGGUAUCAGCCGCACGUUGCUCGAAAAGACAACGCAUGCCCUUUGUAACCACAGCGAAUUACGACUGGAGAUGGAAAGGGAAGUCAUGCGUCAUGCCGAUAUUUUCAAGGAGGAAUACAAGGAAAUCCUGGAGAAGGAAUUUUAUGACCGUUGUAAAAUGUAUGAUGAGAAAAUUGCAGAAAGAGAGCGUGGUUGGGUAAAGGUCUUGCAAGAGGAACGUAAAAAGAUUGUCGCUGCCGAGCAGCUGUCUAUAAAGGAACAUGAAAAAUUGCAUGUUCAAGCCCUUGAGGACGCGAUGCGGGAUCUGUCGCAGUUGCGUGAACAGCUUGUGCGUGAACACCAGGAACAGCAGACAGAGGCCAUGAAAGAUCUUAUCACAAGGCGAGAGGACCUGCAGCGGGAUCAUGAGGAACAGAUUGCCAGAAUGAACGAGAAGAUGCAAGAGAUGAAGCAGGAGUGUGCAGCGAUGGUGGGGGAUAUGCAGAACAAAAUGAGGGACUUACAUAUCCAAACGGCGGCGAAGGAAGCAGAGAUGGCACGACUUCUACAAGAAGCAAAGCAGAGGGCAGAUGAAGCUGCGCUGGCCAAAGGUCUGGAGGUACGCAAAGAAGUUGAGAAGCAAUGGUUAUCUAUGCUUGAGAAGGAGCGUGCAAAGUACACGACAGAUGUGCAGCGGCUGAGCAAAGAGUAUCAAAACACUAUUGACCGCAUGCGUAACGAGCAGGCAGAACGAGAAGGUGCUCUCCUUACUUCGUAUGAACAGCGCGUGGUGCAGGUGGAAGAGGCCGCAGAGCUGCGUUGGAGCGGUCGUGUGGAGGAGGCCAUGCAGGGGUUGGAACGCCAUAUGGAGGUGGUGCAAAUGCUGCGCCAUGAUAAUGAGAACAUGUCGGCUCGCAUCGAACGACUCACGCAGGAGUCGGAACUGAUUGCUGCAGAAAAGGAAGGCGCCGUUGGACGCGCGAGGCGGGAACAAGACGUUUUGUGGCAUGAAAAGCUUGAAGAGAUGCGACAGCGAUAUGACAAAUUACUCGAUGAGGCGCUGGGUACUACCGACGAUGCGGCUUCCGGGCCCCGUGUUUCCAGGCAAGAAUACGAGAAGAUGGUGGCUUCUGUGAAGGAGUGGGAGGAGAAAUGCGUUGCGUUGAAGCAGCAGUAUGAUCGGCGAAUGGCGCAGGAGCAGGAUGAACUUAACGCCGCGUGGGGGAAACGCAUGGACGAGGAACGGGCCCAAAGAGCGUCAUGGGAGGCGGAGCAGCUGAAACAACUCGCCAAGACGCGUGAUGUCUUUUUGCAGGAUAUGGAGGAAAAGGAGAAGGCAUUAGCCGAAACUCAUCGGGCGGAACGUGAUGCACUUUAUCAGGCAUUUUUGCAGCAGCAGAAGGGUGAGAGGGAACGCAGUGAUGCCGCCAUUGCACAGGCCCAAAAAGAGGCAAAUGAACGAUGUGUCGCCGUGUUCAAUGAGCAGGAAAAGGCAUUUCAGGAAAGAAUACGCCUUCUCGAGGAGCGUAUUUCUCAGUCUAUGGCAGAUGUACGGCGGCGUGAGGAGGAAGUGCAGGAGGAGUUUUUACGGAAAACGGAUGAGGCACAACAGAGCGCAAUGGAUUACAUUCGACAGGAACGUGAAGCUUUGCAGACGGCGUACGACAAGAAGUUUUCCGAGUUAUACGAUGAGCAACAGCGCUGGGAGGUGCAACGCACGACGCUGCAUGAGGAGAUUACUGGGAAAUACGCGGAGCGGUUUGCGAAGGCCAAAGCUGAAAUGCAACAACAUCUUUCUGCUGUCGUGGAAAUGAUGCUUUCAUACCAGGAGCAAUGUGAAACCAGUUGGUUGCAGGCACGUGGAGAAGAGUUGGAUGUCUUAAAUAAAGCAAUGUUGGCCUACAUGGAACGCAUGGAAUCAUUCAGGGCCGCCGAUGCCGCACGUGUGCGGACGCAGGCGGAAGAGAGAAUCCGAAUGGAGCAAGCAGCCAUGGAAGAGCGUGAACGGGCCCUUUAUGAAACGAUACAGGCGAGACAGGAGAGCGAUGAAAAGAGUGUGCUCCAACACGCCACGCAGAUGUUGGAGGAACAACAGAGCGUCCUUGCAGAGGCCACAUGGAAACGCUCCCAGGAGCAGCAGCAGCAGUGGGAGAGUUUCAAGACAGAAUGGCUGCAAAAAACAUGGUCUAUGGAAGAAGUACACCGGUCGGAGAUACAACAGAUGCGACGUGGGCACGAGGUGAUGCUGGAGGAAGAACGGCAGCGGUGGCGAAAGGAGUUGGAAAGACAAAGAGCGGAUUUGCAGGCAGAUCAACAGAGGCUUGUUGAGCAGCUACGGCAGCUAGAAGACGUGUUGACAGACAAGCAUGAGUCUGCAAUGAAGGCAGAAAGGCAGUAUCAUGAAGAUAUUGUGGUGGAGUUGCGCAAACAACAUGAGCGUCAUCUUGCGGAGGCGAAACAGCGCACGGAGACUGUGCUGCGAGAGCGUGAGGCGGCCUUUGAAUUAGAGCUCCGGCGGUUAUUGGAACGUGUGGAGAAGCAAAGCCGUGAGCAACACGAUUGGACAAAUGAACGUGUGCAGGCGAUACAAGAUGAGUUUGACGGUAUGGUGCGCAAUGUGAAGAUGGAUUCACAGCGUAAUCAGGAGGAAUACAUGAAGCGAGUCGCGGAACUUCAGCAGCGGCACCUAGCUCAGCUACAGGAGCAGGAAACGGCAUUGCGACAGAAGUAUGAAGAGAGUUUGGGUGCCAUGCAUAAGGCGAUGGAACUGCGACUCCGCGAGCACCUCACGUUGGACAUGGAUGUGGAGCAGCGUGUGGAAGAGAAACGAGCUACGCUGCGUGAGGAGAUGGAGGCCAAUUGCGUUGCGUUCAUGGAAGAACAAAUGGGGCGAAUAAGAGCGGAACAGCAGGCGCGCGAGGAGAAGGCACAAAAUAUGGAGCGCCUUUACAUGGACAAUCUUGCGGCGUUGCGAAGUGAAAUGGAUGAGAUGCUUUCGACGCAUUUUGCCCAGACGGAAGGUCGUGCACGUGAGACCGCGGAGCAGACACGCAUGGAGUGUGAAAAUAAAUUGCAGGCAUUCUUCAGUGUGGUGGAGGAGGAACAGAAGCGCUGCGCCACGUUGGGGGAUCAACUCCGUGAGGCGCACGCUCAGAUGGAUGCGCUGCGCAUCACACACGAGGAGCAGAAGUUGAAGGCGUUGCGGGAGUUGCAAUUGAAGUAUGAAAAUGUUUACAAGGAGAUGCAUGAUGCUCUUCGCGCAGAACGUGAGGAAUUGGUACGACGUGCCCUCGGCGAGGAGGAGCAGCGAUUACUCAAAGAACUCACAACACGCGAAGAGAGGCGACGUCAUUACACUGACACUUCCUCGCCAUAUGUCACGCCCACGCCAACAGUGGGGCGUUACGCGGUGCCACAAGAAGGGACGCCAGUUGCCUCGAUGCAACAACUCCAACAUUACCAACGUGGGGGAGAUGAGUCGUUCCUGCAGUCGUGCCUGCGUGCGACCCCGCGCACCCCGUACGGUGGGUCGAAUGGCAACAAUCGCGCGGACGCGUUUUUUGGUCUGCAUGACGAGAAGCUGCAUCAGCUGUGGUGCGUGAUGGAGUUACCAGAGGCGGAGCAGCAGCAGACAUUGCGUCGCUGGUCUCAGUUGCCACCGCCACAGCGUGCGUUGGAGAUACAGAAGGAAACACGGCGUCUGGAGCUUCAGCUACCCCUUCUAGAGGUCGUGACGCGGCGAGAGUUUCUUAUGCAUCGACUGAAGGAAAUAGAGAAGAGUUCAUUCAAUAACAACAAGAGCAAUAGUGGGAGUUUGGGUGGUGACGCACAUGCGGAGGAGUUACGGAAGGAACUGUUACGGCUGACGGAGCACCUAAAGGGUGAGAUUCCACGACACGAGUCGAUGUACGGCUGUACGUUCCGCUUUCGCGGGGUGCGUUACAUGGAGACACUACUUGAUCAGUAG